AUGACACACUUAGUACAGUUGGACCUGUUUCAGUCAGCAUCAGGUGACUCGGACUCCUUAGCAGUGGAGAUCAGCUCCUACGUGCUGCUCGCUGUUCUCACUACAGAUCAGCUCUCUGCUGCUGACUUGGGCUACGCCAACAGGAUCGUCAGCUGGCUGGUGAGACAGCAGAAUCCCUAUGGAGGCUUCUCCUCCACCCAGGACACAGUGGUGGCCCUCCAGGCUCUGGCUCUGUACUCUACCAAAGUGUUCCGCUCAGAUGGCUCCAGCAAAGUAUCUGUGCAGUCAGCAGGUGGAGACAGUCACCAGUUUGUGAAACAAGACCAACAAGAUACUGUACUAGGAGAGACCAUUGCAAGAUGUUCCUGGCAGAUAUACAUUUGA